UGAAGAAUGUCCUUACAUGAAUGGCUUUGUUUGGAGACUGGAAUACUUGACCGAUGUCACGUAUCCAAAUCUUAUUGCUGUGACUGUGAUCAAUUUAUUGGCAGUCUUUCCGACUAUUCUGUUAAACGCGCUGGUUAUCGUAGCCGUCGUAACAAGGCACCGACUGCGAUCAAAGUCAAACCUGCUUGUGGCGGGGCUAGCGGGGACAGACUUACUGAUUGGGCUGGUUGUUCAAGACAUAGGAAUCGCGGUAGCACUGACGCGUAUCUUUAGUGACGGACCAUUCUGUAGCUUGGAAAAGGCUAGCGCUGUCGCACUGAUAGGAAGAUUCUUUCUUUCUUUGGGCAACUUUGUGUUGAUAAGCAUUGAUCGCUUUAUUUCUAUCAAACAUCCCUUGAGGUACACGACCAUUGUCACCAAACAGCGGAUUAAAACUGGUCUUCUUUUGGUCUGGGCCAUUGGACUCUUUGUAACUAUUCAUGAACUUACACUGGCUGUUAUUGACAAUGGAACAGAUCUUUACUUUCUCUACAUGGAGGUGAACUAUGUCAUACUGUCAGUGCUCGCCUUGGUUGCCAUUGUUGUUAUCAGCUACACCUAUUGCUAUAUUUUCUCAGAAUCGCGACGUCAGAAAAAACGACUGCAAACCGAACAGCUGCCCGAAGAAGAAGCUAAAAGACUGAAGAAAGAAAGCAAAGCGGCCAACACUUUAACACUUAUUCUGGUUACAUUAGUAAUAACUUAUACUCCCUCUGUAGUUCUUAUUUUAGUUACAUAUUAUUCGAAAGACAUUUUAGGGCCGCAUAUGUUAAGCGUUAUCUGGAAUUGGGUGGUGACAUUUAGUCUUCUAGGAUCUCUUUGCAACCCUAUCAUUUUCUUUUGGCGUGUGAAGAAGUUGCGCCGAGUUCUUCUUGAGAUUUUACAUUAUAGACAGCCCGAAAACAGCCCACCACCAAUAGAGAUGUCCCCGGCCAAAGCUCGAACCCGGACCGCUCGAUCCGGAGUCGAGCGCAAUAACCAAGAGGCCACCGCGCCUCCUUAGGAGAACGGAAACCCUAGUAUCGUAAUAUGAAUGAAGGGUAAGAGAGCUAAUCGCACCCCACCCUCCCCCCGUAACCAUAUUGAAGUUGAUGAAGGUAAAAUAACCACCCUAGCGUGUUUUUAAGCAGAUGUUUCGAGUGUUAGCCCUCCAUUCGUCAGUUCAAAUAGGAGGAUCGUAUUGUACUGCACUGCACUGCACUGCACUUACAUACAU